AUGCCUUCCAGGGACGAUAAUCGCUCCCUAUCCACUGAGCAACGCUGGAUCCCUCCUUCAUCUAUUAGACGCGAUGCGCUCACCCCAGAAAGCCGUAACGAUGUCAUCUUCCGCAAGGUACGGGGCCUGCUCAACAAGCUCACACCGGAAAAGUUCGCAAAGCUGAGCAACGACUUGCUCAACCUUGAGCUCAAUUCCGAUGUAAUACUUAAAGGCGUCAUAUUCUUGAUCUUUGAAAAAGCUCUCGAUGAACCGAAAUACAGUUCUAUGUAUGCACAGCUGUGCAAGCGGCUGUCAGAGGAGGCCGCGCAGCUUGAGAACGAGCAAAAGCUACAUGGGGCGAUUGGAAGCUCCAGACUUGCUGGAGGGGGCGGCCAUCACGGCGGCACCGGCCCUACCCACAACAACGGCAACAACCACAACAAUGAGAGCGCCAAGGUUCGAUCGAACGACAACACCUUCACGCGAUUGCUGCUCAACAAGUGCCGCUUCGAGUUCGAGAACCGCAGCAAGGCCCACGAGGCAUUCGAGCGCCAGGACGGCGAGCUUAGUCCCGAGGACGAGGAGCGCCGGCAGAUGGUCAAAAGAAAGAUGCUCGGCAACAUCAAAUUCAUCGGCGAGCUCGGCAAGCUCGAGAUCAUCAGUAACUCGAUUCUGCACAAGUGCAUACAACAGCUUUUGGAUAAGAGGCGUGGUGGAUCCCGGGGGGACCCAGCCGAGGACAUCGAGUGUCUCUGCCAGAUCAUGCGCACCUGCGGCCGUAUCCUUGACACGGAUAAGGGCCAACAGCUCAUGGAACAGUACUUUAAGCGCAUGAAGAGCUUGGCCAAGAGCCAGGAGCUACCGCUUCGCAUACGAUUCAUGUUGCUCGACGUCAUCGAGCUGCGCCGGGACGGCUGGGUACCGCGCAAAGCUACCAGUACCGAGGGUCCCAUGCCCAUCAAUCAGAUUCGCAAUGAUAACGACGAUGUGUCCCAGCAUCGUCCGAGCGGAGGACAAGGUGUACUGGGUCGACACUCGGAACACAACUUCUACGGUGGUCGUAAUUCCGGCGGACCCCCAUCCAACCGCCUGACCGAUCAUCACGCUAUCGCCGACCAAGGCCGGCCCGGCAGCGAUCUUUUCCGACGCAUGGGCCGCGUCUCUAUGAACGACUUUAGCUCCAUCAUCUCCAUUAGCUCGUCGGAUUUCGGAGCGCUCUCGCCCUUCGGCCCCACCGGAGCUGGCGGGCCCAAUGGAUUUUCUGGCGGCGGCGGGCGCGACUCGCAAUCCGGCGGUUACAACAACCAGCGCGGCGGCCGCGGUAACAACCAGCAAAAUCAAGGUUUUUACGGCCAGAAUAGGCAGCAAAACAAUUACCACAACCAACACGGUGGUAAGCAGCAGCAUAAUUCUGGCGAUCGAGGUGGUCAUAAUUACAACAACAACGGUAACAAGGAGCAAGCCCCGCGCUUCAACAAGAACAAGAUCCUCAUUGGACCACCAGAGGAAGUGUCGCUUCGACCCUCUGCCAACUCGAUGACUUACAAGCAGCCCAAUAUCAUUCCACAGCUCCCCAUUGACAAUGGCAUAGAUUUGUUCCCGGGCCGUGGUAUGUCCGAGACUACUCUGAUGCGUGCGGCGACAAUUCGCAAACAACAGCAGAAUCAGCAGCAGCAGCAGCAGCAAUCGCAACCUCCGGCCUCGAGCGCUGUCAAUCUUGCAACCAUUGCUCCAAAAGCAGCAGCACCAACCCCCGCUGCUACCAGUAGCAUUGUUAUCAAGCAAGGCCCUCUUGACAAGCGCGAGAAAGCCCGAGAGCGCAAAGACAAAGGUUUGACCAAGGAAGAAGUUAUGAAGAAAGUCCAUGCCAUGCUCGACGAACAUAUUAGCCAGAAUGAUGUGGACAAGGCUGUUCAAGCCUUGAAAGAACUCAAGAUUCCUGAGCGCUUUUUGCGUUAUGCCGUGCUCAGCAUCUACUCCAACUGCCUGGAGCGCAACGAAGCCGAGCGCACUCUUGCUGCCGAUCUCGUUGCUCAAUUGCGCAAAGAUAACAUAAUAAGCAGCAACCAAUUUCACGAUGGCUGGAAGGAGCUCGUCACUUCGAUGGCCGAUAAAGACGUUCCAUGUGUCCUUUCCCACAUCGCCCUCUUUACGGCCCGAGCCAUCGUUGAUCAAAUGCUCCAGCUGAAUGACCUUGCCUCCGUGACGGAGAACGGUCAACACUAUCCUCUAUUUCUUCUCACACUGCAGCAACUGCAUAAGAGCCAAGGCAAGCAGGUGCUCUCUCGAAUUUUCAACGAGAGCAAGAUCAACCUUAUUAGCCAGUUACCUGAAGCAGAAAAAACUAAGGAACGUCUCGGUGAAAUUCUUGAGGACCGCGAUCUUACCUUCCUCUAUCCUUUGUUGAGAAUUCAGGGCGAUAUGGGACGACAACUCGAGGCAGAUCCUUCGCCUACUACCUUUUACAAGUGGAUCAAGGAAAAACUUGAGCCGUCUCAUCACUCUGACCCUGCGUUUAUAAACGCACUCAUUGCCGUUUUGCUCAAAUAUAUUACUCGGGAAACAACAUUCCCAGAAGGGGUUGAUCCAAACGAUUUACCUAGUAAAGCUUUGCAAGAGAAAGAAUUAGCCUUGCUGGGCAAAUAUCAGAGAAUGUUGCAAACACUUUUGCCAACAAUCGAAUCCCAGGUCACUGCCGUACACUCUUUGCAAGUAUUUUGCUACUCGCAUAAAUUCCCUAAAGGAAUGCUACUCCGUUGGUUCAUAGCUCUUUAUGAUCUUUCAAUUAUCGACGAAGACGCUUUCAUGCGCUGGAAAGAGGAUAUCAAUGAUGCUUAUCCUGGGAAAGGCGAGGCUCUCUUCCAGGUGAAUGCUUGGUUGACAUGGUUGGCAGAUCAGCCAUCAGAAUCAGAAGAAGAUGACGAAGAAGAAGAAGAAAAGUGGUAAUUAAAUAAAAGUCAGCAGCCCCCAAGGAAAAAUGAUUUUUUGAUGAAGAAGAUAACGUCUAUGAUUGGUGAUAAAUUAUCACUACUUCAUAAUCAAUUAGUAGAGCAAGAGGUUUUGGUUUUUUUGAUUAAGUUGCCUCCAUAAAAAAAACUAAUGAACAACCGACCUUAAGAUUGUCGGUGCCCUCGUCCGUGCAAAGAGUAUCUUGAAAAAUACUAUAUCAGAUUUAUUCGACGAAUUUGUAAAAUUCUUCUGUUCAACAGAGUGAAACAAAAAACUUAAUUAAAUUAAUUAUCAAAUUUAAAUCAUGAGUGGCACUAGACUUAGUCUGUGGCUGGAACUUCAAUAUCUUAGAUAAUUGAACGUUUUAUAAUGCUCUAACUUACACUAUUUAAGAAAAAAAAGUAGAUACCAAUUCGUCGCGUGAAAAUCAUCUUUGAAAAUAGUAACUUCUUUCAACUAAUAAAAAAAAUCAAUUAGCUAUGAUAAAAACAAAAAAAAUAGUAGUUUUAUUAAAAAUAAGGUGAAUUAAAGAAAAAAGGUAGUUUGAUGAUUUGUAUUGUCCGAGUUUUUGUCUAGUAUUGUGUAUGUGCCACUUUUUAUAAGUAUUUUUGUCUGCGAAUAGAAAAAAGCCUGUUAUUUCUGUGUACUAACUUUUACACUUAUCAUGAAUUAUUGCUGCGUAUUUCAAAUUAUUUAUAGUAUAAGCAUUAUUUGAGACUUUCAGUUGUGGGUGUUGGAACAAUGAUAUAUCAAGAUUCCUGGCAAAAUAAUUUCAACCUUUAACCCAAAGAUACUUUGAAAUUUAUAAAUUUCAGUGGAAGUGCUGAUCGUUUGAGCAUGGAGGAACCACUUGAAUCAUCAAAUAGAAUUUUAUGAUGUUUUCAAAGCGUUCUUUGUCCAUGAAACAUGAAAUGUUUUUAGUUUAUUAUUAAUUUAACAUAUGAAUCAAAAUGCAAUUUCCACCUGUGUAUUGAAUCAAAGUACGAACUAGUAAUUAUGUACUGUACGUGUGGAAGAGUAAAAAUACACAGAGAUGUGGGAAAAAUACAUUCAGAAAUAAGUAUGUAAUUUUAUACAUUAUACAACCAGCCAGCCAAUAGCACAUCCAAUAAAAAAGUAACAUAAUUUAGCGAAAACUAGAGACAGUUACUAAAUCAUGUUAAAAAAAUUUAUUCACAAAAUUUGAUGGAAUUUAUUCGGGAAACGAAUAAUCCUCGUUGUUAUCAACAACUUAAACAAUUUUAAAACCUUUUUACUAUUAUUAUUUUUCUCAUGCAAAAGACUUGUCUUCUAAAUAUGUUUAGAAAAGGCAGUUAAAUAAUACAAAAUAUAGUAGAAUUAUAAAAAAAAAAAAAAAAAAUUAUAAAACAGACGAGUGACAACAAUGUUUGCGAGCGAGUUGAGACGAUACAACAAAUUUUUUCAUUUAUAUAUCUGGGCAUUUGCUUAACUAACCUUCAGCCCGGUUGAUCGUUGAAUAUGGAAAAAAAAUUAGCCUGGAUAUCGGUGCAAUAAUCGCGUUCUGGUUGUUGUCGUAUUAAAGUGUGCUUUGUUUAUUUUUAGUUUGUAUGUAACAAAAAAGUUGAAAAUGAAUUUUGCAUAAUGAUGGUAAUUAUCUUAAUAAAAAUAAUAAUGGUAAUAUUGAUGUUGAUAAUAGUAAUAAAUAAUGGUGAUGACGAUAUUGACGUUUAUUCAGAUUGACUUGAAUAAUAUGAAAUAUAUAAACGAUUGAGAUAUGUUGAAUCAUCGUUUCGUCAGUUGAGAAUGUAAAUAGAGACUUUCGUUAUCACCGGACUGAAGCGUUAAUUAUUCAAAAUACGAGAAGAUUUGAAAAGUGAAGCGUUAAUUUUGCACCUUUAUUUGCUGCAAAAUCAAGUUAGCUGAAUGAAGAAAAUAAAUGUCAUCAUAAAAUUGAGAACGACAUUACUGAUCUAUUGCAUCGCAAUAAAGACACUCGAUUUAACUUCAUAAACACUUAACAUUUUU